CUUUGAGUUGCAUGACAAAUUUCAAUCUAUAGUAAUCAGUUAAAAGUAAUACAACAAACAUAGGAAAAUUUUCUACCAUAAACAGACGAAAUUUAAGUAACUUUUUUAAUAUUUUAUAUAUUGGUUUAGUGCAAUGGAUGUCAUUUGCAAAUUUUUGAGCAGCGACUUGUCUUGUUUGGUUCAAAACAUUUUCAGCAUUCUUGGCUUUAGAUCUUCAACUUCUUAUACAGAUGAAGAAUUUGCUACUAAGAAAGUGAAGGGAAAUGUUGAAGUUAGGGGACAAAAUAAUAAAUCUCGUUUGGUAACGCGUCCUAGUUAUACAAUAAGACACCAUUAUCCGGGUCCUUUGAUCACCUACGAUGGUGAGGAGCGAUGUGAGCCGCGUCUUAUUCGCUUUUCGGACUUAAGCUGUAGCAAAAUGGAAAAAAUUUUAAAGGAUGUUAAAGAUGAGGACGAAGAAAACGAGAAGUGUGAAGAAAUAUGUGAAGAGGAGCCAGAGAUACAGUGUCCUGACCAGGUAGACAUAAAGUAUACUCCAGAGAACGAGGAAAAAGGCUGCCAGACAAGUCAAUCCGCAGAGACCUGCGGGCCUCAAGAAGAUUCAGAGGAUGAGUUAUCAGAAGAAUCAAAUGCAAGGCUUUUGUACUUUGUAAAGAAUCUCUUCCCCAAAAGAAAAUGUAUGAAAAAUUGCAGGUUAAGUGGAGGAAAAGAUGAAACCAGCGACAUAAGCUUUAAUGAAAAUCCACCAACUAAAGAGGAGCUGGCAAACCAUGAACAUCGUGCAAGGGCUAUAUACGAAAACUAUGUUGGGGAGCUGCCAAAUGCACCAUCUUGGAAAUCUUUAAAGCCGGCGGAAAAGCUGCGUUUUCAGUGGAAAGCUUUCACAGGAGACGAUCUGAAGGAAACUCCUUACGAAAAUUUUUGUUUAACUUUCAACAAGAGUUUUCACAAGACUUAUCCAUGGGCCUCAGAACGCACUGUUCGAACUGAGGGGAGAAUCACCUGGUGCCACCUGGAUCACGGCGAGCGGAUGCCCUUCAUACUGCAGGCUCUACUGUAUCAAGUGGCCAGCGGAGCCAUCGAUCCCGAAGAUCAGUGUGCUGUUCGUAAACUUUUUCAUAAGUUGAGAUGAAGGGAAAAGAAAGGAAAAGAAGCGUUUUCCAUUUCCAUUUCGAUUUUAUACGAACCAGAUGUUGUGUGGUCAAUCUAUUUCGGUGCUGAGCCUCAAAAUUCGCAGCUCUUUCUUCCCUCGAUUUCUGCUCUUGAACCAGAUUUGUCGAGAAUAAUGGAUCCCCUACUUCUGGCCAAGGUCGCCGCUGACAUGGCAUUGGCACUCGAUUAACAAUUAACGCAGCAGCAUCCAAGGUCGCGCAGAAUUAAGAUGGAAAAAAAAUCUCCACCUCUCUGGUGAAAAUCUGGUCUGGGGAGGGGGGCCGAAUCAAUUUCCCAUGCGCAUACAUUAGUAAUAAAAAUUUGUUGUACUCCCAAACAGAAACAAAUAAAACAAACGAGAAGCAAA